ACUCUCACUCCACUGAGCUACCCAGCUGCCCCCUGAGACUCAGUUUUAACAAACAAAGCUUUUAAGUUACUGCUCUGUUAGAAUACCAGGGUAUAGUAAAAUUAUCUUGUGUGUAAUCCUCAAAUGUUUGUCCCCUCAUUGGAUUUUUCACUGGGCUCAUACUUUCAAGUUUGCUGCCAUUCAAGAUGUUUGUCUGUGGACCAGUACAUAAUUCUCAUUUUCUUGGGCAUCAAGUUCUCCAUCUACAAAAUGAAGGAGUUAGAGGAUUCAUCAGGAAAGGUCUUCUACCUCUGAUGUAGAUGUCUACACUGCCCUGGGAUAAGGAAUACCUGCUCACCUUUCCCAGGACCACAGUGGUUGAUUGGUACCAGAUGUGCAGGACUCUUUUCUGGCAAUAGGCCACUUGGCCUGACUCGUUAAACUUGGGGAACAUUUAGACAAUGGGAACUCAUUUGAUAAUUUGUUUUUCCCAGUAGCUAAGGAAGUUGUCUCCAUGGGAACAGGAACGAAAUGCAUUGGCCUGUCCAAAAUGAGAAAAAAUGGUACCUGUUCCAUCAGCUCAGGAGUGCAGUCAGCCUGCAACCGGACAGUAUCUUUAUGCCAGGAACCAAGACAGGAAUGUGGAAGCUCAAACCAGACUUGCAUUUUGUUUUUUUUUCUAGCCACACUCCAUGUGGGGAUGCCUCCAUCAUCCCAAUGUUUGAGAUUGAAGAUCAACCUUGCUCUCCAGUCUGUAGUGAUGAAACAAUUAGCCAAUCAGCAGAGGCCAUUGGUGAUCCUGUGGUGCCAGAAAAUAAAAGGAAAUGUGAAGAAAUCCCUACCCACCUUGUAACUAAAAGGAUGAGGACCGAGCCUAGGGAUCUUUCUGGGGAGGUCCCCAGUGAUAUAGCCAUGAAUUAUUCUACUGGGAAACAGGGAACCUUACAAAUCUCCCUAGAUGCGAGCAAUCUCAGUCCUAAAGCAAAUGGACCAGCAGCUACUAAGGGGACUGUCCCAGUUGGUGCUAAAGUAGUGGAUAUUUAUAGAACUGGAGCAAAAUGUGUGCCAGGGGAAGCUGGAGAUACUCAGAAACCUGGUAUAGAAUAUCACCGGGUGGGAUUACUUCGAGUGAAGCCAGGCCGAGGAGACCGAACCUGUUCUAUGUCCUGUAGUGACAAGCUUGCAAGAUGGAAUGUACUUGGGUGCCAAGGGGCUCUGCUGAUGCACUUCCUGGAAGAGCCCAUCUACUUAGCCGCUCUGGUCAUAGGAAAAUGCCCUUAUAGUCCUGAGGCCAUGAAGAGAGCAGUGAUUGACAGAUGUCAGCAUGUGUCCAGUUUGCCCAGAGGCUUCCAGGUCCAAGAGCUGAAAAUGCUUCAGUCAAAUUUGUUGUUUGAACAUAGCCGCCGUGCGGUUCAGGGAAAGAGAACUAAUUGCCAUGGGAAAGUUGUUCCUUGUGGGGCUGCCAUAAGUUGGAGUGCAGUCCCAGAAGAGCCGCUUGAUGUGACCUGCAAUGGUUUCAGGCAGGGAGCUACAAGGAAGAGUAUUGGAAGCCUUCAGACCAGAUCCAAAGUCUGUAAGGUGGAACUCUUCAGCAUGUUCCAGAAUCUGGUGAGCAGUAUUCCUGAGAACCAGCGACCUGAAUCUCUCAGGGUCAAGAAGCUGGAAACAUACUGGGAGUACAAGGAGGCAGCAGCCAGCUACCAGGAAGCCUGGAAGACACUCCAGAAGCAGGCAUUCGGUUCCUGGAUCAGAAAUUCACCAGAUUAUCAUCACUUUAAAUGAGAAGACAAAAUCUGCACUAAGCCAUUAGAAACAGGGUGCUUUCUAGCCUCUGUCCCACUCACAGACACUGAACAAAUCUCAGCUCUUCUGUUAACUAAAAGCAAAUCAAGUCUAAGGAUUUUAAAGUGUUUAGCCUAUGCAGACAUUCACAAGCUCUGCAGUAAAAUGGCAUCUUGAGAAGAUAUGAUGUGUUUUCUCAAAUGACUGUCACAUGUUGUGGUAGGAUCCUAGACAACAUCCCAAUCCCCCCCACCACCAUUUUUUAAAAAUAAAUAUGUUUGAGAAGUACUGA